UGGGGGCACGCGGAGAAUGAAACGGGCAGGGAGGGACAAAAGAGAGACAGAAAAAAAGGAAAGGAAAGGAAAGAAAAGAAAUUGGUUAUCGGUUGGUUUGGUUUUGGUUGUUGAAGUUUGAUUCAAAGUUCUGUUUGCAAAUUGCAAGGCAACACAACCACCUGUUCUACUUCUACACCCCUAAUACUCCUCAUACUCAACUCAAUUUGGUGGCGGAACCCCAGCGGCAGACCUCCUCCACCAACUCCUCUUUCUCCGUUGGGAAUCCUAUUUCCAAGCCUUCUGAGUUCUUGAUAAAGAUGACAAGCUCGUCUGUUGAGUUAGCAAAACAUGCAAACUCUGGGCAUCAUGUGAGAGAGAACAGUGAAUAUACAAGACUGGUCAUAUCAAAUGAACUGCAUUCAGUGGAAACUGAUAUCUUACAACCUCAAGCUGAAGCUAGGACUAAAUCUUUCAUGUGGUGGAUCAAGGCCUUUUUAUGGUGCAUGGUAGUGAUAAUAUUUCUUUUCAUUUCCUGGAAAUGGGGAGUUCCAUUUAUUUUCCAGAAGGUUCUCAUCCCUCUCAUGCAGUGGGAAGCCACUGCCUUUGGCCGUCCCGUUCUUGCCCUCGUGCUUGUUGCUUCUCUGGCUUUUUUCCCUGUGUUCUUAAUCCCUUCUGGCCCUUCAAUGUGGUUAUCUGGAAUGAUUUUUGGAUAUGGCCUUGGAUUCGUUAUAAUCAUGGUUGGAACAACCAUUGGGAUGAUCCUUCCCUAUUUGAUUGGACUAUUAUUCCGUGAUCGCAUUCAUCAAUGGUUAAAGAGAUGGCCCAAUAAAGCUGAAAUGAUUAGACUUGCUGGAGAAGGAAGCUGGUUCCAUCAAUUCAAAGUGGUAGCUCUCUUUAGGGUUUCACCUUUUCCCUACACAAUUUUCAACUAUGCCAUUGUGGUAACAAGUAUGAGGUUUUGGCCCUACUUAUGUGGAUCAGUUGCCGGAAUGGUCCCUGAAGCUUUCCUUUAUAUCUACAGUGGUCGGUUAAUAAGGACAUUCGCAGAUGCAAAUUAUGGAAGCCUGCACCUGACUACAGUGGAAAUCAUAUACAACAUUAUCUCCUUCAUUAUUGCUGUCAUUACCACAAUUGCAUUCACUGUGUACGCAAAAAGAGCUUUAGAUGAUAUUAAAAAGGCUGAGACUAGUGGGGUAGAUGCCUCUCCCUCUGACCUUGGCAAUCUCGAGAUGGGGAAGCUCCCUCUUGAAAGACCUAAGUAGCUUUAUUUCUCAUCCGUUUCUUUAUAGCCUGGAUUCUUUACGAAUAGAAUAGUACUGUAAAUAUUGGGAUUUACUAAGAGGGCAGGUUCAGAUUUUCUUGAUCCUUGUAACUCUAUUUUUUUGGGACCACAGGGUUUAUCUUUGUAAGCACAAAAACUGUACACGCAACAACAAUAAUAACAACCAAGCCUUGGUCCCAAAAUAGGAGGGAAAAAAAAUGAUUGGUUAUGUCAUAUAAGAAAUGCUAGACACUUCUAGCUUGUCAGUU